UUGGUAACACUGUGCAGCACGUGGGGCACGGCAGGGUGUAAACACAGGGACUCAGGGAGGCACACGCCACCACACACACACACACACACUGCCGCGGCGCGUCACGGCGAGGGAAGAUACACAGCCUAACGCCAUUGGAGAGCAAUACGUGUGAAUAAGUCGUAGAGACGGUCAAGAGGAGGAGGACCUGCGAGGCGACACAAGGCGAUACGGGUCAAGAGGAGACGGCGUGUACAGUCCUCCAGCCGUCACAGGCAGCAGCUCCCCGAAGCGUGAACAAUGGCAUCAGUGAGACCAAAGGAAACUCCUGCCAAGAAGAAGGAGGAGGAGGAGGGAGAGGAGGUAAAGGCCAAGGAAACAAGUCCACAGAAAAGAAAAGCUGAGGAUGAGUCCACCAUGGAGGUCACAGAGGACACCAAAACCUCUCGACCGUUCUUCCCACCAGCCAAGAAGGAGAAGCUGCAGCUGGCCGAGUCACGAAAGAUUCCCGUCCCAAACAACAGAUACACGCCACUCAAGGACAACUGGGAGAAGGUGUACACACCCCUCGUCGAGCACCUCAAGCUGGAAGUUCGCUUCAACCUAAAGACAAAAAAUGUUGAGAUCAGAACGGGCAAGGAAACUGAAGACCCAAACAGCAUCCAGAAGGCAGCGGACUUCGUGACGGCGUUUGUGUAUGGUUUUGACAUAGAAGAUUCCCUCGCCCUUAUCAGGCUGGACGACCUGUACCUCGAGACCUUUGAUAUUAAGGAUGUGAAACAGUCCCUGCAGGGUGACCACCUCUCUCGUGCCAUUGGUCGUGUGGCAGGGAAGGGCGGCAAGACACGAUUCACCAUCGAGAACGCGACACGCACCCGCAUUGUGCUGGCUGACUCCCGGGUACACAUACUUGGCUCCUACCAGAACAUACAGAUCGCACGCAGAGCCAUUUGUAAUCUUAUACUUGGGAGUCCACCUUCUAAAGUUUAUGGUAACCUGAAAGCGUUUGCUGAAAAGGUCAGAGAUCGGUUCUGAUUUUGACGGAACGUAGGGAAAUGCCUCUGAAAGUAUAUUAUCCAAAAGUUAUUAAUGUGGUUAGGUGUUAUGAUAAUCGUAAAUAAAAUUAUUGGUUAUUCAA